AUGUUCAAGAUCCUACUUGUCUGCGCCCUUGCCGCCCUUGUGGCCGCCAACGAGAAUGCCGAGGUCAAGGAGCUGGUCAAUGAGGUGAAUCCCGAUGGCUUUAAGACAGUGGUGUCCCUGAGCGACGGCUCUGCCUCCCAGGCCAGCGGCGAUGUGCACGGCAACAUUGAUGGCGUCUUCGAGUGGGUCUCCCCCGAGGGUGUCCACGUUCGCGUCGCCUACAAGGCCGAUGAGAAUGGCUACCAGCCCUCUAGCGAUCUUCUGCCCGUCGCCCCACCAAUCCCAGAGGCCAUCCUGAAGUCUCUGGCCUGGAUCCAGGCCCACCCCAGCAAGGAAUAG